UGCCAGGGCAUUUAGCAACCAAAGAAGUCCCAUGGGAGGAAAGGCUGCUGAUGAUGGAAAAUGAAGGUGGACAGGACUGAGGUCAUCAAGAGCAACCUGCACCCGGUCUUCUCCAAGGUCUUCACACUGGAUUAUUACUUUGAGGAGGUGCAGAAGCUGCGGUUCGAAGUGUAUGACAUCCACAGCCACUGCAGCAUCGGCUCCCAGGACGAUGACUUCCUGGGGGGCGUGGAGUGCACCCUGGGGCAGAUCGUGGCGCAGAAAAAGAUGACCAGAUCGCUGUUCCUCAAGUUUGGCAAGCCGGCCGGCAAGUCCACCAUCACGGUGACAGCCGAGGAAAUCUCUGGGAACAAUGGUUAUGUGGAGCUCUCGUUCCAGGCCAGGAAGCUGGACGAUAAGGAUCUCUUCAGCAAAUCUGAUCCCUUUCUGGAGAUCUACCGGAUCAACGAUGAUCAGAGCGAACAGCUGGUGUACAGAACAGAGGUGGUGAAGAACAACCUGAGCCCCGUGUGGGACCCGUUCAAGGUUUCCCUGAACUCCUUGUGCAGCUGCGAGGAGAGGAGAAUGCUCAAGUGCCUGGUCUGGGACUUCGACUCCCGAGGAAAGCACGAUUUCAUUGGCGAGUUUUACACGACAUUUGAGGAGAUGCAGCAAGCGACCGGAGAGAGCAAGGCCCAGUGGGACUGUGUGAACCCAAAAUACAGAACAAAGAAGAGGAAUUACAAGAACUCCGGGACUGUGAUCUUGUCAGACCUGAAGGUCCACCGGGUGUACUCCUUCCUGGAUUACAUCAUGGGCGGAUGCCAGAUUCACUUCACCGUGGCCAUUGACUUCACAGCCUCAAACGGAGACCCCCGAAACAGCUGCUCUCUGCAUUACAUCAACCCCUACCAGCCCAACGAGUACCUGAAGGCUCUCAUCGCGGUGGGGGAGAUCUGCCAGGACUACGACAGUGACAAGAAAUUUUCUGCUUUGGGAUUUGGAGCCAGGAUUCCCCCAAACUAUGAGGUCUCCCAUGACUUUGCCAUUAACUUCGACCCCGAAGACGAUGAGUGUGAAGGGAUCCAGGGAGUGGUAGAGUCCUACCAGAGCUGCCUGCCUAGAAUCCAGCUGUACGGCCCCACCAACGUGGCACCCAUCAUCACCAAGGUGGCCCAGGUGGCCGCUGCCGAGGAGAACACCAAGGAGGCUUCUCAAUAUUACAUUCUCCUGAUCCUGACGGACGGCGUGGUGACCGACAUGGCGGACACGCGGGAGGCGAUCGUGAGGGCCUCCCACCUGCCCAUGUCCAUCAUCAUCGUGGGCGUGGGCAACGCCGACUUCACGGACAUGCAGAUCCUGGAUGGGGACGACGGCGUCCUGCGCUCGCCCAAGGGGGAGCCGGUUCUCCGGGACAUCGUGCAGUUCGUCCCUUUCCGGGACUUCAAGAGCGCGUCCCCCACAGCCCUGGCUAAGUGUGUCCUGGCCGAGGUGCCCAAGCAGGUGGUGGAAUAUUACAGCCACAAGGAGCUGCCCCCUCGCUGCCUCACGGACGACUCCCCGGACCCCGCAACUGGCCCAUCCCAUUGAGGGCACCGGGCGGGGACCACAUGUCGCCCCCUCGUAUUUCUCUUUGUUGGCAGGUGGAGGGGACGAUGGAAGAAGUUGGGGGCGGGAGGGGGAAGUACCUGUGAGCCCCCCAGGGCUCGCUCCUCUGAACCUCACUGGCCAGAGCAUCCUCCCCACCCUCUCCCACUUUCACUUGUGCCAAUUGUGUCGCGAGUCCCACCGGGGGCUCACAGGUGGGACCGGGGCUCCGUCCUCUGGCUGGCUGAAGUGGGGGGUCAGGGAACCUGGGGGGUUGCAGUGGUGCAAACACAGGGCCCGUCCGUCCCCACCAUCCUCCUCCUCCGGCCCUCUGGCCUUGCAGGCCGCCCCGCCUGUUUCCAUCAGUCCAGCGGAGUCACCCUUGUCCAGCAGCUCUGCCUGCGGGGCAGAGGAAAGAGCGGGGAGGGACCACCCGGCUCUGGCUACCGUGAAGGGGGAGACUCAGUCGGACCCACCAGGUGAGUGAGGGGCUGGCACCCACUCCUCCCCUUCCCCUGCCUAGGAGCCUCCGGAAAGGAGGAGAAGGCAGGAGAAGGAAGAACGGCAUUUGGGAUGGACGGGGCAGCCCAGAAAGCCGAAGGAGCCGGGGGCCGUGGAAGACUUUGAGGGUGGGUUCUUCCCGGGCAGACCCCUGUCGGGCUGAGCAGACCUCCAGUGAGGAAGAGGAUAAAGGGGACAGGAAAGAGGGUGGCAGCGGUGAGCCUCAGUGGGCCCUGGCCUGGGGGGUGCUUCCCCCAGCUCUCCUCUCAGAGCCACGGAGAAGAUUCACCCACUCCCAUUUGCCCUGGGCUCGGCCUGCUUGGUUAAGAUGUAAGGUUUUGUCCGAGACCCCUUUCUUGCUGUGUUGUUUAGGCUGGGGAGCGGUGGUUCCCCGUAGCCCCGAGUCUGCGUCGGGGACUGAGGAAGCUGGGUGGAGAAUCCCAAGCCCCAGGUCAGGUUCCCAUUCCCAGUUUCCUCACUGUCCAGACAGAGGAGGAGAGAGCAGGUCUAACUGCGAUGGGGAAGAGGGCUGGCUUUCUCCUCCUUCCUGCCAGGAGCUGCUCCCACCUCCCCAUUUCCUCCCCACUCCCAGCUCACUGGUCCCCUUGAAUUUGCAGAAGAGCACGGCCCAGACUUCCUGGGCUUGGGGCCCCCAUAGGAGAGAACAGGCAGUGCUGGGUGGGGGGCUCGGGGGUCUGACUCAGAGCUCUACCCCUCUAAUCGCUCAUCUGGCUUUAGCUCGCCACUCUUUUGUCCUCCCUGCUCCCUCGCCGACCUGGCUGCUCUGAAUCCUCCUCUCCCUGGGGCCUGUGGGGAUGAUGGAGAAAAGGGGAGGUUGAAGGUGGGGCCCGGGCCAGGAGGCUCAGGGACUCAGCAGGACGGUGUGGGGGAAGCACCUGGAUAGCCUCCCCUGGCCUACCUCCCUCCAGCUGAGCAGGGAAUCAGGUGUGGCCCGUGUGUGGGUGGGAAGUGCUGCUAGUUUGGUUUUGGGGGCAGGCUGCGUCGGCCUGCCCAGGCUCGGAUGCUUAAUGUCUUUUUUUAAACUGGAAAAUCUCGGUUCCGUUCUCCCCUACCCCGCUCCCCGGUCUCAGUUUGGUGCCAGCUUGGGCCUCCCCAAGGUUGCGUGUCCCCCUGUGGUCAGUGUGUAGGAGGGAUGACAAUAAAACCUCACCUUCCC